UAAAGUCAUCUUUUAUUACUAUUUUUACAAUAUUAUUAAACAAUUUUAUGACAUUAAACACAUUUCGGCAAUGUACUAUAAAAAUUUUGGGCCCGUACUAUAAUUGUACGCCCCUGACAACAUAAUUUAACUCUGAAAAGUUGGGAACACUGGCUGCAAGUCGCGCGAGUAGUCGGUGUUUUAAUUACAUAGUGAAAUUAUUAAAAGUAAGGAUGUCGUUCGGCAGCGGCUUCGGAACGUCUACAUCGACACCCGCACCCACGUUCGCUUUCGGCACCACACCCGCUUCCACGGCGACUCCGGUCAAACCUGUAGCAGGAUUUGGAACACCUUCGUUCGGAUUUAGUACACCGACUACUUCAACGCCGAGUUUGUUUGGUACACCGUCCACUCAAACUACUGGAUUUAGUACCGGAUUUGGUACUCCAGCAGCUACAGGAUUUGGUAGCACAUCGACCACAGGUUUUGGAUCUGCACCUACAUUCGGUACCGCGUCAUCUAGCGCCUUCGGUGCGGCGCCAGCUUUUGGCAAUACUACUUCUUCCACAAGCACAGGAUUCGGUACAACUUCGACUUUUGGCAGUGCUCCCACUUCCGCAACCGGUUUUGGUGGAUUUGGAACAGCGACAACAACAUCGUCGUUAAGUUUCGGAAGUUUUGGUGGAUUUGGAACAACUACUACCACAUCUGCUCCCAGUCUGUUUAGUGGAUUUGGUACCACAAAUACUGUUUCGAGUGGUUUUGGCACAUCCACAGGUUUUGGCGCCUUUGGAACCAAGCCAGCUACCACUACUGCCACUGGAUUUGGUGGAUUUGGGACAGGAACUGGAUUUACCGGAUUUGGCACCGGAUUGACACAGCCUCAACAACAGCCUCAGCAACAGUCUCAACAACAGCAACAACUUGGAAAUAGUGGAUCAGAAGCUCUAUAUAAUGCAGUGUUCAACUGUCUAUUGUAUAACGAUGAGCGAGAUAACACUAUUGCAAGGUGGAAUCUUAUUCAAGCAUUGUGGGGCACGGGAAAGGCUUAUUAUUCUGUAAAUGCUCCACCAAUAGAGCUCACUCAAGAAAACUCAUUGUGCAGAUUUAAAGCUAUUGGGUACAGCCGUAUACCCGACGCAGACAACAACGACGGUUUAGUGGUAUUGUGCUUCAAUAAGAAAGAGAAAGAUGUGCAGGAUGGCAAACAACAAUUAAUCGUGUUUCUGAAUGGUUUGCUGGGAAACAAGCCGAAUUUAACAGUAACCGUUGAUAAUAUUAAAUCCACAGGAGAAAAUAAGAGUCAAGUAACGAUAUACGUGUCAGAGAAAGGAAUUACCGGUUCUUACAGAAAAAUUCCUGCGAAUGAAUUGGUAGCUUAUCUAUCCCAGGCUAUGCAAAAGCAACAAUUGAUGCAAAACGGUGUGGAAGAUAUAUUUCCACUGGUAAAACUCGAUCAGUCGCAAUUAAAAGAGUAUUUGGAUAAUCCGCCCUGUGCUAUCGACGCUAGAUUAUGGAAACAAGCACAAUUGGACAAUCCCAAUCCGGAAUUAUAUAUACCAGUUCCCAUGAUUGGUUUUCAGCAAGUGAAACAUAGAUUGAAGUGUCAAGAGGAAGAAACUGCUAGAUAUAGAGCGUUUUUAGACAUGGCAGCUGAAAAGAUACAAGGCUUGCAGAGACAGCAUACAGCUACACAGGCCAGACUCAAGGAACACAGGCGUACACUGUUGGAACUUCAACACAGAGUCUUACAGGUGCUAGUUCGACAAGAGAUCACACGUAAGGUCGGAUUGUCUCUGCAACCAGAAGAAGAAGUUCUGACGCGUAGAUUUGAAGCAAUGCAUUCGCAAAUCAGUGCUCCGACGCAAUACAAAGGUAGAAUUAGCGAAAUGCUUUCGCAGCUUCGAAUGAGACGGCACAUCGAUAUUCAAAAUCAAGAAAGAUAUACAAUGGAUCCUAUAGCACAGGAUGAUAUCAAAGCGUAUUUAAGCAUGCAGCAGCAAGGAAUGGCGCAGCUUAUUGCAACAAUAAAUGCUGAUUUAGAAAGCCUGAAAAUAAUAAAAGACGGAAUGUCGGAUCUUUUAAUAAAUCAUGCACAAAGUGUAUCUUAAGGUUUGUAAUUUGUAUAAUAAAAUAUUUUGAUACGUCUUUCUCGAAUACUGAGAUAAUGUGUUUGUCAAUAUAAUCGGUUUUUUAUGUACGUGGUUUACAAUC